UGUAUGAAAUCCAGUUCUGAAGCACCAUGUCGAGUGAAGGCAGUUCUGGUGAACAGUUUUCUACCACAACAGUCAGUUCAGUUGCUGUUCAGGCUGGGAAUUCCAGAAUUGUUAUAGCUAUACUUAAGUCUGGAAAAUGGGUGCAACUUCAACUGGCAGAGGCAGAACCAAAUCUAUUAGAAAUUGGCAGCAAUCAAGAUGAGACCAAAAAACUGCUACAAGAUCAUGAACAACUCCUGGUGAAACUUAAGUCUUUGGAAGACCAAGUAUGGGAUCUUUUACGUGAAGCAGACAAGACAGCAGAGGAGAACAAAGAGCAAAGCCAGGUGUAUGAUGCUAUGGCAGAGACUCUUGGGGAUGCCUGGGAUGCCCUCGUCAUUGUGCUGGAGAAGCGAAGGAAACUUCUGAAAAUUACUGCAGUGUUUUUUGAAAAUGCUCUGGAGUUUGCUAUUAAAAUUGACCAAGUUGAGGAGUUCCUCCAGAAUUCCCAGGAGUUUGAGGAUGUCGCAUCUUUGAAAGAGCUCCUUCAGCAGCAUGAGCACCAUACAAAAGAGCUCUUGGAAAAGUCUCUGGCCCUCUUAAACAAAAGCCAUGAACUGACUGGAUUCAUAGAUGAGUUCAAAUCUGAUGGGCCAAAUAUAAAUCCUGAGUUGAUUCAAGGAGCUCACAGCAGCUGCUUGAAAAUUGACAGCCUCCUUGAACUAUUACAAGACAGAAGAAGGCAACUGGACAAAUAUCUUAAGCAUCAACGCCAAGGGCUGAAGCAGGUUCUUCAAAUCUGUCAGUGGCAUCACCAAGAAAACCAGGUAACAUCAUUGUACAAGAAAGAUCUCCGAGAUUACUUACAUAAGCAAAACCUUGGCUCAUCGUUAACAGAAAAUAAAGAGCUUCUUUGUGAACAUAAGGAAAUGGAAUUCAAAGCUAAGGAAUGGAAUUUUACUGUGGAACAAUUACAAGCUGAAGCACUCAAGAUUCUGCUUUCAGAGGAUUAUGCAGAAAAAGAGCACCUGAAGCUUUCAAAUCAGAAAAUAACUCUUUUGCAAGAAGAGGUGUGCGGUCACAUGGAGGAAAGGAAAAAAUUGUUACAAGAGGCCAAUGACUUCUUUAAUGCUGCUAACAAGGCAUUUGAUGUUCUUGGCAGUAUUGAGGCUUACAUUAAGCUCCUUAAUGAAGAAGGACUAAGUUUGCCUAUCUUGGCGAUGAAGCAUGAGGAAUUACAGGGAGAGAUUAAAGCCUGUACAACUGAUGCCUUGCAAAAGGGAAAAGCCUUAGUUGGUAAAGGAGACUCUCACAGUUCUUGGCUGCCUGGAAUUCAGGAAAUGAUAGAAUACAUUCAGAAAAGAGUGGAUCAACUGAUCAAGCAGUGUCCUGCUUACACAGAAUUUUCUUUAAAGAAACAGCAGUUAACUGCCUCACUAGAAGAUUAUCUAAAAAAGGUAUCAAUGUCAAUUAAAAAAAUCAGUCCGAUACUUACCAUUGGUAUGGAUCCUGGGUCUUCUUUGUCUGAAUCAGAGAGAAUUUUGAACAAACACCUAGAACUGGCUAAUCAAGCUAAGGAAACAUCACAUCAGCUGGAAGCGGCUGUGAGGAUCAUUAAGGAAGGGGAUGAAUUUGAAGCUGCAGAGAUGGCAACUUUUUCUAACAAAGCUGAACUUCUAAAUGAAGAACUGAAAACACUUAGCAAAAAUAUCAGCUCAAAACUAGACAUUCUAAAAGCUUAUGUGGCAUUUUUAAAGUCUGCCAAGGAGGUAAAUGAUGAUGCUGAAAGACUGAAGGAAUUCUUCAGAUCUGAUGUUCUACACACAGACAGUGAAAUGGAAAACAAGACUGUAAUGGAGACAGCUGAAACUCAAUGGCAGACAGUUGUAAAGAAGAUUCUUUCCACUGAGAAUAUGGGUCAUGUUUUUCUUAAUUUAGUAAAUAUGGUAAAAGAGAACCUCAUAUUAAAGGCAGGCAAUGUUGUGCAAGUAACUAAAGAGGCUCUUGAUAAUCUGAAUAAAGUAAAGGAAGACCUGACAGAAAUUUGGACAACCUGGAAGCUUCAAAUAAAUCAAGUUAAGUCCAUCAAACAACAGAGCUGGAAACUUAAAGAGCAGUUUAAAAAAACUACCCACAGUUCAAAAAUUCUUCAAGAGGCACUCAAACCGGCCACAACUGUCGACCUUGGAAGUAACCUUCACAUUCUUUUGGAUCUACAAAAAAAAAUUAACCAAAUGAAACCAGAGUUUCAGCAACUAAGUGCUGAGGUUGAAUACGUGGUGAAGUUAUCAGAACUGCUGAGCCUAAAAGGAGUUCCUGGGCAAGAAAAUUCUGAGAAAGUAAGUGAACUUAUUCAUCGUCAUCAAAAGAUAAAGGACAUGAUGACAGAAUAUGAUGACAUUUUGAACAAGACAGUCAAAUUCCAUCACGUUAAAGAAAAAAUCGACUAUCUCAUAAAAUCAGGAGAACUUGAGAUUCCUGAAACAAAUGAAGUUCCUGAUGAUGCACAUCAAGCUAAGGUCCACCUUACUAAUACUCUGGAGAAACAUGCACAUAUCAGACAUCUGUACAAGCUGGCACUUACCCUGGGAGUGGAUAUCUUAUCUGCAGUACAGAAUCCUUGCUGCCUUAACGUUUAUGUAAAGAACCUACAGCAGGAACUGGCUACACUUGAGAAUGACAGCAUUAACUGGAGCACCAAAGCAGAUAAAUAUGAAGAGGAGCUGUCACACAACUUCCAGUACUGCACAACUAAAGAAGAGAUAAAUGAGCUCAGAGAAUCAUUUAAAGAUCUCAAAAAGAAAUUCAACAACCUAAAAUUUAAUUAUACUAAGAAAACUGAAAAAGCUCGAAAUCUGAAAGUACUUAAAAUACAGAUUCAGCAAGUCGAUAUGUAUGCUGAAAAAAUGCAGAUUCUGAGAAAGAAGGUGGAUAAUUUAGAAAAGAAAACCACUAGCUGUGUAGUAAAUCAGUCUGAUGGUAAUGUUGGUGUCCUCAUGGAGACAGUCAGAGAGUUACAGAAACAGCUGAAUGAGUUUGGCAGAGUUGUGGAAGAUUACAAACAAAAUUUGGAUCUGAUGAAGCAUCUACAGCAGCUAAUGGAAGAGUGUCAGUAUUGGUAUGAAGAAGCAAGUGCUACAGUCAUUAGAGUUGGAAAGUAUUCUGCAGAGUGUAAAACCCAAGAAGCAGUAGAAAUUCUCUACAAGCAAUUUAAUAAAUUUAUCCAGCCUACAGUGCCCCAACAAGAGGAAAGAAUUCAGCAGAUUACUGACCUUGCUAAACGUUUAUACGGUUUUGAAGAGGGAAGUAAGUAUGUGGAAAAAGUGGUAGCAAAGCAUGAAGAAGUUCUUGAUUCCAUCAGUGAACUAUGUAACUCUUUGAAACAACUUGAAAGACAGAUUGAGAAAGAUGUUCUGAAAGAAAAAACACCGAAUAUAAAGUGUUUUGUGGAGAAGGCGAUUAUUAUACAAAAAGAGCAAGUGAGAAACAAGCAGGAGAUGUACAAGGAAGAAGAGAAUAAAUUGGCUGAUAUUUCAGAUAUCUGCCCAGCUGGUGAGGAUUUCAUUUCUCAGUAUGCAGAGCUGUCUUCUUCUGCCAAAGAGGAUAGUUUACAGACUGAGCUCCUGGCAGAAGAAAUGCCCUCUGGGGAUGAAUAUGAGUGUAUAUCACCUGAUGAUAUCUCAUUGCCACCGCUUUCUGAGACACCCGAAUCCAACCUCCUGCAUUCUGAAACAGAGCUGGAAGAUCAGUCGUGCUGUAGUUCUCAUAGUCUGCAUGUCAGCUCCUAUAGCUUGCAAAUGCAGAUAAAUACUACCAAUAAAAGAAUGACUGAUGAGUCUGGUCUCUUAACAACUAUUGCUUAUGCUGACACUACGAAUCAGAGAAGGGAAAAUGCAUCAAAUCAGUCUGAGAGGUUUCUCCCCUCUACCAUAUGUCAUGAUCCAAAAUUCGGAGUGCAGUCUCCUUUGACUUACAGUUCACCAGAAACACCAGAAACUAGCACUGCUUCCUGCACAGUAAAUGCAAGACCGGCAUAUAGCAUGAUGAGUGAAGUGUGUGAGAAGCAUUUGCAGCACUGUGAAAUUCAUAAAAGCAUGACAGAAACACAAGAACAUUUGCAUGGCAUUAAUAACUUUACUAAAAGCCAGGAUAGGCUGCAUGCUUUGCCCGAUGCAUUCUCAGAUCUCAUGUUUCAAUCAGACGCUACCAGAAGCUGUCAGAGGCAGAUGGUCACCCAAGAAGAGAUUAAAAGUGCAUCAGAAAAGGACAGCAUGGUCAGCCUAUCUGGACAGGCGCCUAACUUCUCCCAGCUCCUGUCUAAUGUAACCGUCAUGGAAGGUUCUCCAGUAACUUUGGAAGUAGAAGUAACAGGAUUUCCAGAGCCUACAUUGACAUGGUACAAGAAGGGCCAGAAACUGACUGCAGAUGAGCACUUUAAGCUCUUACAAAAGGAGACAAAGCAUACUUUGUUCAUUCAGAAGGUGUUUGAUACAGAUGCUGGCCUCUAUGUUGCUCGAGCUAAAAAUUCUAAUGGCACAAUCUCAUCAAGUGCUAUCCUCCAUGUGAAAGGUAAUGGGCCACCUAUCACAAGAAUAAACUGGAUAAUGCUGUGUGUCAUCUAUAUUAGUGUAUUACUAAUGUACUGGCUGUCCGCAUAAUAAGUACAGUAUUGUCAGCACCGGAUCACGAACUGAGACAAUUGUAAAUCAGUUAUCUUUCACUGCAUCUUUCACGAACUGUAACAAUCUAUUUAUGCUUCAUACUAGGUAGCUUGCUUGUUUUCUUAAUACCACUGCUACAUCAGAUGUUUAUGUUCCCUUGUCAGAUUAAUCUUUAUCUUAAAAAGUUAAAAUGAUUUGUUAGGAUGAUGGCUGAGUUUUGCAGGCUAAAUGUCCACCAUUACUGUUAACAAAGUAUAAAAAGCUUUCAGAUUGUGUUGUUUAUAGACAUCAUAUGUCAAAGUGUAUGCAGGUACUGUGCCUAAAUCAUUGUACAUGUUAUGAUGCACUUUUGUUGUUUUUUCUUUAAAACAUAUUUCUAAUAGUAUUUUUCUCAUGUACAUUUAAGGUAAGUCUCUGUGUAGAAUAAAGCCAAAUAGGACAGAAUCGUAAAAUGUAUAACUAUACUGGCAAACACCACAAACAGAUCUAUGCAUGGUGUUGCAAAAACUAGGGCUUCAUUUAGCUAAAAUGUGUCUAUAAGUAAUUUGA